GUUACCUGAAGAGAUGGAAAUCGAUUCACAGUUUUUGAGACCUUAAAAUUUGACCGAAGCCGAACUCAUUUCACAGAGAGAAUUGAAUGGAAUGAGUACAACUGAAAUCGAAAAAAAAAAAGAAGAAAUAGAAAAUCGAAUGAAGAGGGCAGUGAUGCACUUCUUCAAGUGGAUUCGAUGAGGGAGAUGAUGAUGAGGUUCAAGCUGGGAGAAAGCGGUGUUCUUGCGAACGGGCAAGAGGGACACAAAUUGCUACGCACCAGCACAGUGCGAAUGAAAAGCAUGCUCACAUCUGAGAUGGGUUAUGAUAUCCGCAAUGGUAGGCUUGCGAGAGCAAAUCUGGCACACAUCCAUCAGAGCCCUCCCCUGCUCCACCCUCUCCACUCUAAUCCUGGCCAGCAUGCGCAAGUGGCUUGCAAGCAUUGGGCUCACCGGAUCGGGCCGCCCCACCCUGAGUGUGUGUUCAAAAGCCUCCUCCUUCAGCGCCAUCUCUAUCAUCCUCCCUCUCAAGCCUCCUUCUUCAUCGGCUCUCCAUCAGGCGUUCGGGUGAGACAAUUAGUCGCCAUUUUCUUACAGUGUUGGUGGGUAUCUUCAAUUGAUGCUCCGCAAUAUCGCGGUAGGAAAGAAUUCCCCACCCAAAAUGUGUUAGCGGGAUGUACAUUUGAUUUAAAGUUCACAUACAUUCUCCCGGGUUGGGAAGGCACUGCAUUAGACUCAAGGAUUAUUAAAAAUGCAUUAAGGAGGGAAGAUAAGCUUAAAAUCCCCGAAGGUAAAUAUUAUCUCGUGGAUGCUGGGUUCAUGUUAACAAGAGGACUAAUAACACCUUAUCGAGGAGUCCGCUAUCAUUUGAAAGAUGUUGACCUUAAUGAUGAAAUAAUGAGAGAAGUUGAUAUGGAGCUUCUUAACCAAGAUGCUUCGAAUGAAACAAUUCAUGCUUCAAGUGGUCAAAGUAGCGAGGCAUCAGAAGGUGAAGCUAUUAGAGAGCACAUAGCAACUCAAAUGUGGAUCGAUUACCAGAACAAUGAGGCCGCUAUUGAGAAUGAGCUUGAUGCUUAAAGUUGAAUUGUAUUGAGAAAUGUUUUUACACAUCUCAUUUGCUUUUAUCUCAUCAUAUGUUUCAAAAUGAGCUCCAUGUUUAUUUUUAUAUUUCUUGUACUAAACAUAUUACUUGUUUGAUUUAUAUUACUUGUGAUUUCAUAUUACUUAGCUUGGUUUGCACGCGUUUGCCUUGUAUCUAACUUGGUCUGCAAGUGCACCCUUGUAAAUAACUUUGUCUUAUUACU